CAAAAUCUCGUGCUUCGUCCAUGGGCGCGUGGCCGCCCCGAUCAAUUGAGCCAUGGGAGACGGUUGCUGCAGUCCAGUAUGUUGAGAAGCCACCGCAACGCCUCUUUUCCUUUCCUUUGACUUUUCUAUAUAAUCCCGCCGGCUGCCCCUGUUUUUCUCUCUGUUUACGCUCUGUUUACUCUCUGCCAUCUCGCUAUUUACUCUUUACCAAGCGCACGCAUUCGGUACCCGCCGUCGAUCUCUACUCGCUACAUCGCGCUCUUUACACCAGCAGAUACUGAGACCAACAUACAUCCAUACCGAAACUGAUUUCUUUCUUCAGAAGUCGUAAAUCCGGCCUCGGGGACGGCAAUAUUUUUGAGACAUUCAGUUGAUCACAAUGACGGCGCCACGAUAUCAAACCGCCGAGCUGCGACGCCAGGUUGGCUCGCCAAGGCCCAGGCCUCGAGAAAACAAGGACACGCUCUGCAGAAAUAUCUUGAUAUACGGUCACUGCCGCUACGAAGACCAGGGCUGUGCUUUUAUGCAUGAUCAGACCAAAGGGAACUCCUCCCAGGCGAGCUCGUCUCAACAAGACAACGGCGGCACUAAGAAGACUCUGAAUGUCGAAUCACCGUCUUUUACACCCUCGAUCCUACAACCUGUACAGAAAAAACCAACCUUUUCAUCACAAGCGGUGACUGCGCCGUCUUUCACUCCGCGUGGUCUAGGAGCCGCCACACCAUCUACCAUACCCGAUACCGAAGCACCAGCUUUUAACCCAGCUUCUAUACGCGAAUUUACACCCAGUUUUGAUCUCAGCUCUACUACUGCUGCAACAAACGGAACUUCACACGAUGGAGGAGCUCUCUCAUACGACCCAUUUGGGCUGCCGAAUCAAAGCAUGGUCACCACGCCAUAUAACCCCUAUGCUGAGGACCAUGGCGCCAUGUCCAGCGCCGCGUCUACAUAUUUUGCGGCUCAGAACGCUUAUGCGGCGCCAUCACAGCCUUUACAGUAUCAUCUCUACGCUCCUGUCGGGCCAUAUCGAGAAGACGUAAUGCCAUACAACCGUCUUUCUCACGACUUUUUCAUAUCCGAGACGAUGAGGGAGGAUAUGCAGAAGCAAUCCGAGGCAACGUGGCAAGUGAUGCCCGGUUCCCAACUGCCGCAUUUGGAUAACUACCACUCGCUGGUGGCCUUGGAUACGACUCAUCGCAAAAAUGCCGGCAUAUUUGGCUAUCCAAGCUGGGUGUACAAAGCCACGUCGUCCAAGGAUGGAAAGAUUUACUGCCUCCGGAGAUUGGAAGGCUUUAGGCUGACCAACGAGCAUGCCAUUCGGUCCGUCAAGGAGUGGAGGCGGAUCAACAACUGCCACGUGGUCAGCAUUCACGACGCAUUCACCACCAGAGCUUUUGGAGACAGCUCCCUGAUCAUUGUGCAAGACUAUCACCCGCUUUCUAAAACACUGGCCGAGACGCACCUCGUGCCAAGUGUGGCGCACGGGUCGAACCGCCUUCAGCCCAAGCCGCCCAUAACCGAGGCGGUGCUAUGGGGAUACAUUACGCAGAUUGCAAGCGCCCUGAAGGCAAUACACGGCAAUAACCUGUCUGCGCGCUGCCUUGACGUCAGCAAGAUUAUCUUGACCGACAAGAAUCGAAUCCGCCUGACUGCGUGCUCCAUAAUCGACGUGACCCAAUAUGAUGUGAAACGACCGAUGCAAGAACUUCAGCAGGAAGACUUUCUCCAUUUCGGCCGCACCUUGCUCUGCCUUGCCACCAAUACAUUGCCCAUGCAGAUGACCAACAUGAAUGCGGCGAUGGAACAAAUGAGCAGGUCCUACUCUACGGAGAUGAAAGAUACCAUUGCGUGGCUUUUGACACCGGCGCAGCCACCCGCGCAACAGAAGACCAUCGAUGAGUUUAUUCAAGGGAUAGCGACUCAUAUAACCACAACGAUGGACCAGCAAGGGCACUAUCAUGAUGCCAUCCGCUCCGAGCUAUUCCGCGAACUAGAGAAUUCAAGGCUCUUGAGACUGAUGAUGAAGCUCGGCACCAUCAAUGAGCGGCCAGAGUACGACAAUGAUAGAGCCUGGUCGGAAAUCGGAGAGCGAUACAUGUUGAAGCUGUUUAGGGACUACGUCUUCCAUCAAGUGGAUAACAACGGGAACCCGGUUAUAGACCCGGGACACAUGAUACGCUGCCUCAACAAACUUGACGCUGGCUCGGAGGAGAAUAUUUGCCUGACUAGCAGAGACGAGCAGACUAGCAUUAUUGUUAGCUACAAGGAGGUGAAGAAGCAAGUACUCAGCGCAUUUGGCGACCUCCUAAAGGGCUCUAGUAAGACGGGAAGGUCUUUUUAGGAGAGGGACCCUGUUGAUGAAAAUGGCAGCAUAUGAUAUGAUGAUGAGUGAAAGGGGGGGCCUAGGAAGACGACGUCUGCAAGAGAUGUAUGAACCGCGAUGGGCUACAUCAAUGUAGCGAGCGAUGCGCUUUGUUAUUGCCGAACAACUUUCAUGUGCUUUUAUGAGUAUAUUGGAGAGGGAGGAAUAGAGUACAGGGGGAAAUGCCAAAGGGAGUGGGCGAGAGAGAGAAGGGACAGCGAUACUAGUAUUUUCUUAUAAUUUUUUUGAGAUACAAAACCCAAAAAAAGCUGUAUACCGCUAAUGAAUGUGCAUCACGCC